UCUGAUAAAAAUUGCUUGAAUUUUCGUAAAUUGAAGGGACCUCUGCCAGUCGGUAAUCGUGUGCUGAGUAAGAGUGCCGAGCAGACACGUGCCUACGCGAAGGCACUUCGCUACACCGAAUUACACAUCCGCGACAAACUCAACAACAAUCCCGACGCUGAGCACUGCACUGCGCUCAUUACUUAUGCCAACAAACUGAACGUGCAAGAAGUGGCCGCUGGUGUUGUGGCGUUGGCCGAGAAACGUAAUAUACAAAUAAGUAUGCAAGGUCGGUGGUAUGAAAAAUUGAACGAUUGGGAAAAGGCAUUGGAAAUGUAUGAAGCUGAAAAAACAGUCAACGAUGAAGUUAGAAUUUGA